ACGCUGGCGCUCCCUGGCGGUAAUAGGUGUUUAUGUAACAAUACCAAUUUUAUCAUCUGCUCGCAAUACUCGGUUUAAAUUUUAUUUUAAAUCAUUCUUUUGAUUAUUCAGGUGCUCACAGUCUGGAUAUUUUACGCUUUCGGAACGAGGCAUCGGCAUCAGCUGCGUGCUGCGUGCGCCUCCGACGUUUCCGACUAUCCGCUGGACUAUCCGUCAGUCGACAUGGCUGCGGUGAUGGAUACAAAUUACCGCGACGUCAACUCUUCGUCUGAUCUGGAAAACUGGAUGGCCAACCUGCCCGAACAACUCCACAGCGUACCUCUAAACUACCUAACAAUACCAGGUUCCCACAACAGCUGCAGCUACACCAUCUCAUCGCAGUCCGACAUUGCGCCCGACAACCCGUACGGCAACAAGCUUCUCAAGCUGCUCGGCCCCAUAGGGAAGCAGAUCCUGUACAGCUGGUCCCUCACCCAGAACAUCACCACGCGGGAACAACUACAGGUGGGCAUACGCUACUUUGACCUCCGCAUCGCCACCAAGAAGGACCCUGCGGACGAAAACCUGUACCUCAUCCACGGCCUCUUUGGCGCCGUCGUGGACAACUUCUUCGUCGAGGUCAAGGAGUUCCUCGAGGGGCACCGCAAAGAGGUCAUCCUGCUCCACUUCCAGCACUUCUACAACCUUACGGACGCCGACCACAACCGGCUGUUGAACAAGCUGACCAGCAACUUCGGGCCGCUGAUGUGCCAGUUCACCAAGGACCUCAACAACCUGACCUUGGAGUCGCUGUGGAGGCGAGGCUACCAAAUCAUUGCCUUCUACAGGCACGACACGCUGGCAAAGUACCACCCGUACCUCUGGCCGACGGACUUCAUCCCCAACCCGUGGCCGAACGAGGACGAGGUCAAGCAGCUCGUGGCGUUCUGGGACCACACCUACCAGCACGAGAGAGAUCCGGAGAAGUUUCUGGUCCUUCAGGGCGUGGGCACGCCGCAACCCGCCACCGUGACUAUGCACAUCUGUAACAGCCUCAGGGUCUACCUCGUGCCGAAGGUGAACGGCGCUCUGGAGAGCUGGCUGUCCGGAAAGGAGGGCGGCUCUCACGGCUGCAACGUCGUCAUGUCGGAUUUCGUCGACAUGGACAACUUUCGCAUUCCCAAGAUUGUCGUGGCGAUGAACCAGAAGUUGCUCGAGAAUUCCUCGAGCGUGGAAGGCAAUGCAGCGUAAACCGACGAAGUAGGCA